AUGACGACCAUGGCGACGGAGCUGUUCCUAUGCGGUCCACAAGCUGCCCUUCCCUCCCCGCAAGAAUUAAGCCAACUGCGUCGAAUCUUGCUUGAUCAAGAGAAUUUUCGCGAAUCCUUAACGUCCAUAUUGGAAGACCUGCCAAAUCUUUAUGAACAACUGACUGCGUUUGAUAGCACAACCAAAGCAGUACCGGCAGCUUCAUCAAUUGAGUUUCCUUUGCAAUGGCUAGAGUCGGGAACUCUAUGUGUACCUGUCGAUGAUCUCCUCAAUGUUGGCUGUUUGCCUUUCGCCGUCCUCUUGCAAAUUGCUCUCUUUCUUCGGCACUUGACCGAAAACAAAAUUGGGCCUGAUUUCCGACAGAAAAUCCAGUCACUGCAACAGUACGGCGUCCAAAGUUUCUGCACGGGCUUUCUUACUGCUGCUGCCAUCGCUUUCUCUGGAAAUGAGGAGCAAUUGGUAAAAAAUACUGCUACCAGCUUGCGCUUGGCUAUGUGCAUUGGCGCCUAUAUUGACCAAAACGCUUUGAACGAUGAUAACUCGAGCUUGCCUUGUGCUCUGUCUGUUCGGUGGAAGGAAGGGCAAUUUUCAAAGUCGCAAGUUGAAGGUCUUUUGGCACACUAUGCACAUGCUUAUAUCGCAUGCAUUACAGACGUAUGCUGCGUUACGGUUAUUGUUCAAGCGCGAGACGAGGAGCAAUUGACCGAGAAGCUCAGGAAGGCCGGAAUUCGUGCUAAAUCAGUCGGCAUCAAAGGACGCUUUCAUUCCGCUUCCGAUCAUGCCAUUGCAGUUCAGACUCUGAAAAAAUUUACACAGUCCGUUAAAGCGGACUGGUACACGACCGUCCGGAAGACUUUUGAUACUCACCCCACGGGUUGUGCCAAGGUGACAGUAUUUGCGUUUGAAGAGGGUGUCUUACCUAUUAGUCUUUGGCGAAGGAACGGUUCCACUUACGGUGUCAACGGCGUCAAUAAUAGCAACAGUAUCAGCAGUGUCAAUAACAUCAAUGGCAUCAAUGACAACACGGAAGUUAAAUAUCCCCCGCAUUCAGUUGCGGUGGUUGGCAUGUCUUGCCGUUUCCCAGGGGCAGCUGACGUUAAUGACUUCUGGAAACUUCUAGAGUCUGGCACAUCCAUGGUUAGAGAGGUACCGCCCGAUCGAUUUAAUGUGAACAAUCAUCGUUUGGCUGGUUAUCAAAACACAAAAUUCUGGGGUAAUUUCCUGAACGAUGUUGAUAGCUUUGAUCACCGUUUCUUCAAGAAGUCCGCUAGGGAAGCUGUAUCAUGGGACCCGGAAAAAAGAAUUCUGCUUGAAGUUGUCUACGAAGCACUGGAGUCCGCUGGCUAUUUUGGACCAGGGAGUCAAGACCGUCCAAACGAUUACGGUUGUUACAUUGGCGCUGUGGGCAAUAAUUAUUAUGACAAUGUUGCUUGCCAUCCACCGAACGCAUACUCAAUGUUGGGAACCUCGCGAGCCUUCUUUAGCGGCCGUAUUUCCCACCAAUUUGGAUUCACUGGUCCCGCAAUGAGUAUCGAUACUGCAUGUUCUUCGUCCCGUGUUGCAAUAAAUACCGCGUGCCGGGCGAUUCAUCCAUUCGAUUACCAGAACUUGGCUGCUGCCGGAUUUCUGAGCCCAUCAGGCGCUUGUAAACCAUUCGAUGGCUCCGCUGACGGCUACUGUCGCGGCGAAGGAGUUGCAGCUGUGGUCCUUAAAUCUCUUUCAACUGCUAUCGAAGAAGGUGAUCAUAUUUUAGGUGUCAUUGUUGGAUCCGCUGUCAAUCAGAAUUACAACGAUGCUCAUAUCAUCGUUCCCUGCUCUUCAUCUCAAACUACAAUCUACAAAAAGGUUCUUACAAUGGCCAAUGCUUCCUCGUCUAGCGUGACCUACGUUGAAGCCCACGGUACUGGAACGCAAGUAGGUGACCCGAUCGAAUGCCAAAGCAUCCGCGAUGUUUUUGGAGGUCCCCACCGUGAAGAGAUUCUUUAUUUUGGAUCCGUCAAGGGCAACAUUGGUCAUACAGAGGCAUCAGCUGGGGUGGCUGGCCUGAUAAAAGUCCUUCUGAUGAUGCAACAUAACACCAUACUAGGACAGGCCGGCUUUACCAAUCUCAACCCUAAAAUACCUGCACUUGAGCCCGAUAUGAUGGCGAUCGCGAGAACUCUGCCUUGGAAAACUUUAUCUAAACUUGCUUGCAUUAACUCUUACGGAGCAGCUGGAAGUAAUGCUGUGGUUGCUAUCCAUGAGCCCAAGUCAGUUUCCUCGGUAAGGCUUGGACAGCGGCGAAACAUUACAUCAAAACUGCCUUUCUUUAUAUCGGCUUCAACAGAAGGGAGCUUGAUUGCGUAUGCUGAGAAGCUUCUAUCGUACGUGGAGGCACAAGAAACGUCUGCGAGGAGCUCUUCUUCCUCUUUGACAGACAUUCUUUUCAAUUUAGCCGACAGAGUCAAUCAUACGCUUGUCUAUUCGACUGCAAAAGCCGUCAACAAUCUGGCAGAUCUUAAGAUGCUACUCAAAAACGUUAUCACCGGAUUUGAAAAACCAUUAAAAGGUGCCAGCUCCAACCCGCGUCCGGUGGUCAUGGUCUUUGGCGGCCAAGAGAAUGAUUUUGUAGGUCUCUCAGAGGAGGCUGUGGAAAACUCGGGAUUAUUCAAACGUCAUUUGGAUGAAUGCGACUUUGAAUCACGUUUGCUUGGUUGUAGAAGCUUAUAUCCUGCUAUUUAUCAACGCGAAAGCAUUCGAGACCUGCCACGCCUUCAUGCAGCUCUUUUCGCAGUCCAGCAUGCAUCUGCUAUGGCUUGGAUUAAUAGUGGAAUGCACGUUAGCUCAGUUGUGGGACACAGCUUUGAAAAGGGGUCAAUGAUCUCUGUGCAAUCCGAUUAUGCGACAAUCAAAAGCAUCCUCCAUAAUUUUAAUACCGAAGUUCCUAGCAACAGGCUGGAAUUCGCCUGCUUCAACCACCCAACAAACCACGUGCUUGUAGGCACAUCCGAGGCAGUGGAGGCUUUCAAAAGUUAUACCGCCAGCGACGACAGACUUCAACGAAGUCUUCAUCUCAAAUGCUUGAAAGUUACACAUGGUUUCCAUUCCGUCCUGGCCGAAAAAAUAUUGUUAGAACUUGAAGUUCUUGCAAAUAAUGUACAAUGGAACAAGCCAAUAAUUCCAAUUGAACUAACCACAGAAAAGCAUGUUGAUCAAGAAAUAGGCCCUUGGCUGAUUCCUCAUCAUAUGCGAAAUCCCGUAUACUUCUCAUCCGCCGUCCGAAGGGUGGCUAAGAAGUUAUCGUCUUGCAUCUGGGUAGAAGCAGGUCAAGGGUCCUCUAUUAUGUCGCUAGUCAAAAAUUGUCUCAACAGUGGAAACCAGCAGCAGAUCUGCUGUCCAUCUUUUUUGAACAGACCCAACGCAGUUUCAUCUUUGGCAGAAACUGUGGUAGAGCUAUGGAAGACGGGUGUCCAUGUUCGAUUUUGGCCGUAUCAUCGAAGCGAACGGCAUCAUUUCGAAUACAAGAGCCUUCCUCCGUACCAAUUUGAGAAGACUAAGCACUGGCUCUCCUUUACUGACAAACCCGUUCUCGAGCCUACCCCAGAUAUUACUCAUGCAACUCCCGCUAAGGUUACGCAUGAAUUCUUCUCAUUUCUGGGAUUUUCUGAUCCGAGUGAGAAGGAGGCUGUUUUUCUAAUCGACCCCGAAAGUGACCGCUACAUGUAUUUGCUGAAUGGUCAUAUUGCAUCUAACCAGGCUCUUGCACCUGCGUCGCUGUACGUCGAGCUGCUUUCUCGCGCAGCAAUAAUAUUAACAAGCAAUACAAGUUACGAGACGCACGUUAUGAAUAUGAGCUCCAUGCAAAUGAAGGUGAAACUCACACGUAUUACGCCGAAUGUCGACUCUUGGGAUUUCGAAUUUUCGAGCAAGUCAAAGCAAGAGAAUGGGGAUGUACAAGUCCAUGUAACUGGUAAAGUUGGGCUCAAUAGACGGGACGAUCCUUUGCUGUCCGAUACGAUCAUGCAGUGGAGUGCUUUGAUAGGAUAUAAGAAGUGUCUCUCUAUCAUGAACAUGGAGGAUGGAGAAAAGAUGCAAGGUAGACACAUCUAUCAAGCACUUCAAAAACUAAUUCUCUUUGACGAAAUGUAUCAGGGGAUCAAGAGUAUCUCGUAUCAUGGCCACGAAGCUGCAGGGAAGGUCGCCGCAAAGUUAGAUCCUAAGCUUUCUCCUAAUGAGGCUUUAUAUGACACUCCGACCAUCGACGGAAUGAUGCAAUUUGCUGGCGUUCUCGUUAACUAUUUUGCACACCCUAGUGGAAAGGAUGUUUUGCUGUGUCAAGGUAUUAAUCGUAUCGUUACGGGAGGUGCAUUUGAUAUUACUGCAGGAGAGUGGAUUGCAUACUCACUUCUAACUGAAGACAACCAGGAGCGUACCGUCAGUGAUGUAUACAUCUUCGACAAAAAGUUGCAGAAAGUAGUGAUUGCAUUCAUCGGAUUCGUCUUUACAAGAAUAUCUGUUUCGAGUUUGCAGAGAUCGCUCCGCAAUGUUAAUACCGGUGGACCUGGUACUGACCCUACACCAGUUCCUGCAAGAGCUACCCCAAUAUUAGACACUCGUAUAUCAGGGGCAAGUGCCAGUGAUUGUGCAAAAUCCAGUAGAGCACCCCAGGUUCUAGAGUUACUACACAACGUCACGGACGUUCCAAUAAAUGAGAUCAGUCCUGACACCACGCUCGAGGAACUCGGUAUCGACUCUCUUCUGGUGACUGAAGUCUUAAAUGAAAUACAAUCCGCGUUUGGGCUCGAGAUCGACCUCAACACGUUUUUGUUUUUACCCAACGUCAAAGCAGUUUGCGAUCAUAUAAAUUCAGUUCUGGAGGUCAGCGCAGGGACGAGUACUAAAUCAGCUGCCCAGAUUGCGGACUCGACGCCAUCUUUACAAAGGGCGCAAAAGGUAUUUGCAAAUUGCAAAGACGCUUACGAGAGGGCCGCCAUCCAGACUGGUGCUGUUGGAUUCUGGAAAAAGUGCUAUCCUCGCCAAGCUGCACUCGUUCUCGCUUAUGUCAUCGAAGCAUUUGCCAAAUUGGGCUGCGACAUGGCCACCCUCCAAGCCAGAGAUGUCGCUUCCGUAAUCCCGCAUUCGCCUAGACAUAGUAAACUUGUGCGCCAACUUUAUCGUGUGCUCGAAGAUGCUGGGCUUAUCACGUUCAACGAGCAAGGCCAAUUUGUUCGCACAACAAAGGUCGUCGACUCUACACCCGCUUCUACUAUCUUCGCGCAGAUCAUUUCCGAAUUUCCGCUUCACGCUAGCGUACAUAAGAUCGUUGGUGUUGUUGGUGAGGAACUUGCGGAGUGCUUGACUGGUGAGAUGGAUGGUCUUCAAAUCGUCUUCGGCAAUAAGGAGAACAAGAAGACGCUUGACGACCUUUAUGAAAACUGGCCGCUCGUACGAUCCGGUACCAUCGCGCUGGGUGAGUUCCUUGAGAAAGCCAUGGCAUAUCCAAACAAGCCUGGUGUAUUUCGCAUCCUUGAAGUCGGUGCCGGCACAGGUGGGACGACCAAAUAUAUCGUCCGCCACCUGCAAAAUUUGGGCGUACCCUUUGAGUAUGUCUUUACAGACUUGUCCUCGUCACUAGUAGCAGCCGCCAAGCGCACAUUCAAGGAUUGUCCUGAGAUGCAGUUUACGACUCUGGAUAUUGAGCAAGAACCGCAGGCAUCGUGGAUCGGUUCUUUCCACUUCAUUAUCUCAACUAACUGUGUCCAUGCGACGAGAAACUUGACGACGUCGCUAACGUCGCUGCGCAAGAUGCUUCGCGACGACGGAGUUUUGGGGUUGGUUGAGAUCACGCAGAAUAUGUUCUGGCUGGAUAUUGCCGUUGGGCUGUUCGAAGGAUGGUGGCUAUUCGAGGACGGCCGCGAGCAUGCUGUGACGCCUGAGUGGCUUUGGAAGGAUCACAUGAAUCGCGCUGGAUUCAGCGCUGUAGACUGGACAGACGGUGAGGAGCCUGAGGCGCGCACUAUUCGUGUCAUUGCCGGUUUCCCAACAACCCUGAGUGCUUAAUGAGUUAUCGGUAGCUAGGUCAGUGAUUUGGCUUUGUUUCAAGCAGCGAGGCGCAGAGCGAUUUAGCGUCGCACAUAACUGUUUUUUUAGGUAGUUCUAUAUAAAAUAUGCAGCAGCCUUGGUUAUUUUCUCAC